CUGGAGAUCGUUUAUUCCUACUUGCAUGGAAUGGAGGCACUGUCCAAUCUUCGGGAGCACCAGCUGAGGAUAAUGUGUGAAACCGUCCGCUACGAAAGACAUGAAGCCAACGAAGUGCUCUAUUAUCCGGAUGACAUUGGCACGUGUUGGUACAUUCUGCUUUCUGGAUCGGUCUUCAUCAAAGAGUCCAUGUUCCUGCCACGCUCCAGUUUUGGGAAAAGGUCUGCUGGGAGUUUACGCCGUGGAUGCGAGUGCAUCGUUCUGGAGCCAUCCGAGAUGAUUGUGGUGGACUAUAUGGAUGAGAAUGAGGAGUAUUUCCAGCGGCAGGCAUCGCACCGACAGUCACGCCGAAGGUUUCGCAAGAUCAACCAGAAGGGCGAGCGACAGACCAUCAUCGACACCGUAGAGCCAUAUCCCACCGGCAAGCCGCCCGUUGCACGGGGAUACCAUACGGAAUGCGUUAAGGCUCAGCUGCCGGCAGACUUCAGCAGAUUGCACCUUGCAGACGGGAUUCACCCGCAGGUGACACACGUUUCCUCCAGCCACUCAGGAUGUAGCAUCACCAGUGAUUCUGGGAGCAGCAGCCUGUCGGACAUUUACCAGAUGCUUUUAUCCAAAUCAUCUUACUCAAGUGCAUUUAAGGUACAUAUUUUAUCAGUAUGCAUGCUCCAUAGUAAUCAAACCUAACAUUUCUGUCACUAAACAAACAUUUGUCACUAUAACUAAACCUGAGUCAAUGACCUGUGAAACUGAGCCAAUGACAUUAAACCG